AUGGCUACCACACUCUUCCGCCCCGCCACGGCGCGCGUCACCAGCGCCGAGACUCAAGGACUGGUCGCCCUUGAGCUCGAAGACGGUGCCGUCUACCAGGGCUACAGCUUCGGUGCGCCUAAGAGCAUUUCUGGCGAGCUGGUCUUCCAGACGGGUUUGGUGGGGUAUCCCGAAUCCAUCACGGACCCCUCCUACCGCGGCCAGAUCCUCGUCAUCACCUUCCCCUUAGUCGGCAACUAUGGCGUGCCCCCGAGGGAAGCCCUCGACGAGCUCCUCGGCAGCCUUCCAGCGCACUUCGAGUCGUCUCAAAUCCACGUCGCCGGUCUAGUCACGGCCACAUAUGCGGGAGAAGACUUCUCUCACUACCUCGCGAACUCAUCCCUCGGGACAUGGCUCAAGGAGCAGGGCAUCCCCGCCAUGUACGGCGUCGACACCCGCGCCUUGACAAAGCGCAUUCGAGAGGAGGGAAGCAUGCUUGGUCGCAUGCUUCAAGAGAAACAGGACCUGACCAAUGGGGCCAAUGACGACGUCGACGGCCUCGAACUCCCGGGCGUAAUGGGCGACUGGAGGCCCCGUUUCGAGUCAAUGGGCUGGGUCAACCCCAACGAGAAGAACCUCGUAGCAGAGGUCUCUAUCAAGGCGCCCAAGUUGUACCGACCGUCCGAGACCAACGCCCUGAAGCACUCCUCGGGCCGCCCGCUCCGCAUUCUCUGUCUCGAUGUUGGUAUGAAAUACAACCAGCUCAGAUGCUUCCUCAAGCGCGGUGUGGAAGUCCUAGUCUGUCCUUGGGACUAUGACUUCCGCAGCGAGACCUACGACGGCUUGUUUGUCUCCAACGGUCCCGGUGACCCGGCGAUUUUGGACACCACAGUCAAGCGCAUCGCCGCCGCCCUCGAGGAAAACCGCACCCCCAUCUUUGGCAUCUGCUUGGGUCAUCAGCUGCUUGCCCGGGCCGCUGGGGCCAAAACUACCAAGCUCAAGUUUGGUAAUCGCGGGCACAAUAUCCCCUGCACCAGCUUGGUGACCGGCAAAUGCCACAUCACCUCUCAGAACCACGGCUACGCCGUCGAUGCCGCCACUCUUCCCACCGGCUGGCAGGAACUGUUUGUCAAUGCCAACGACGGCAGUAACGAGGGUGUAAUGCAUCUUGACCGGCCGCACUUCAGCGUGCAGUUCCACCCUGAAAGCACCCCCGGCCCCAGGGACACCGAGUUCCUGUUUGACGUCUUUAUCCAGGCCGUCUCCGACUGCGCCGCUGACAGCAGCCUGCUGCAGAAGGGUGUCCAAUUCCCCGGCGGCACUGUCGAGGAGAACAACAGGCUCCACCCUCGCGUCUCCGUCAAGAAGGUCCUUGUGCUCGGCAGUGGUGGUCUGAGCAUCGGCCAGGCCGGUGAAUUCGACUACUCUGGUAGUCAGGCGAUCAAGGCUCUGAAGGAGGAAGGCAUCUACACCGUUCUCAUCAACCCCAACAUUGCAACCAUCCAAACCUCCAAGGGCCUCGCCGACAAGGUCUACUUCCUGCCCGUCAAUGCCGAGUUUGUUCGCAAGGUCAUCCUUUACGAGAAGCCCGAUGCCAUCUACUGCACCUUUGGUGGCCAGACCGCUCUGUCGGUUGGUAUCCAGCUCAAGGAUGAGUUCGAGGCGCUCGGCGUCAAGGUCUUGGGAACGCCCAUCGAUACCAUCAUCACGACUGAGGACCGUGAGCUGUUCGCCCGGAGCAUGGACUCUAUUGGUGAGAAAUGCGCCAAGUCUGCCUCCGCCAACAAUGUCGAGGAAGCUAUGAGGGUUGUCAAGGACAUUGGCUUUCCGGUCAUUGUCCGCGCCGCAUAUGCCCUCGGUGGCCUCGGCAGCGGUUUCGCUAACAACGACGCCGAACUUCUUGAUCUCUGCAACAAAGCCUUCGCCGCCAGCCCCCAGGUGCUGAUCGAGCGUAGUAUGAAGGGCUGGAAGGAGAUCGAAUACGAAGUCGUCAGAGAUUGCCAGGACAACUGCAUUACGGUAUGCAACAUGGAGAAUUUUGAUCCUCUCGGCAUCCACACUGGCGAUUCGAUCGUCGUCGCUCCUUCUCAGACGCUCUCGGACGAAGACUACAACAUGCUCCGGACGACGGCCGUUAACGUUAUCCGCCAUCUCGGAGUGGUCGGCGAGUGCAACAUUCAAUACGCGCUUAACCCCUUCUCCAAGGAGUAUUGCAUCAUUGAGGUCAAUGCUAGACUGUCCCGGUCUUCGGCCCUGGCUUCCAAGGCCACUGGCUACCCUCUUGCCUUCAUUGCCGCCAAGUUGGGUCUCGGCAUCCCUCUAAAGGAAAUCAAGAACAGCGUCACCAAGGUCACCUGUGCUUGCUUCGAGCCCUCUCUUGACUACGUCGUGGUCAAGAUGCCUCGUUGGGAUCUCAAGAAGUUCACCCGUGUCUCCACCCAGCUCGGCUCAUCCAUGAAGAGUGUCGGCGAAGUCAUGAGCAUCGGUAGAACUUUCGAGGAAGCUAUCCAGAAGGCCAUCCGCGCCAUUGAUUUCCACAACCUAGGCUUCAACGAGACACCGGCGCUUAUGUCGAUUGACGAUGAGCUCCAAACCCCGUCUGACCAACGCCUCUUCGCCAUCGCAAACGCCAUGGCUGCCGGGUACUCUGUCGAGAGAAUUUGGGAGUUGACCAAGAUCGACAAGUGGUUCCUCGACAGGCUCAAGGGCCUCAACGACUUCGCCAACAAGAUGAAGGACUUCAAGGCUGCGGGUGGCAGCCUCCGGCCCGGGAUCCUCCUCCAGGCCAAGCAACUGGGCUUCUGUGAUCGUCAGAUUGCCAAGUUCUGGGGCUCUACCGAGCUCGCCGUUCGUGGCAUGCGUCUUGAGGCCGGCAUCACCCCUUUCGUGAAGCAGAUCGACACGGUGGCCGCCGAGUUCCCCGCCUACACCAACUACCUCUACCUCACCUACAACGCCAGCGCGCAUGACAUCACGUUCGACGACAACGGCGUCAUGGUGCUUGGCUCGGGUGUGUACCGCAUCGGCUCUUCGGUCGAGUUCGACUGGUGUUCCGUGAGGGCAAUUCGCACCCUUCGCGAGUCGAACUGCAAGACUAUCAUGGUUAAUGUAAGUGUAUAG